GAAGAACGUCAUCGCAACAUGAUCCGAGGCCGGGAAGAAAAACCGGAGGUUACUGCUUUUGUUGUGAGACAGAGUGCACCUACACAAGACGGCGAGCAGAAACUUGUGUGUGGGUAUUGCAAGAAAAAUGGACAUGAUACCGACCAUUGCUUUAAACGCAUUGGGAAAUAUCCCGAGUGGUGGUUUGACAACCUGGGAAGAGGACGCGGUGGACGAGGUCGUGGGGCAGGAAGGGGGCGUGGAAGGGCAGUUGCAAAUGCGGUGACGCACACAGGUCCUGAAGACACUGCCGCACAGCCCAAUGAAGACAAGGCCGAGUCUUCUGCCUCACGAGUGCCACCGAUGUUCACCAAUGAGCAGUGGCGUGUUCUUGUGAAAGCGGUGGAGAAUUUUAGGUCGCUUCAUCUAAUGAAAAGUUGACAGGCCCUACCUACGAGGACGCCGAUUGGAGUGGGUAGAAGAUGCGGGGGGGGGGGGGGGGGGUCUACUAUUUUCACAGUAUGGAAGAAAUUUGUGCACAUCAAGUGGGAAUAGUGGACUUAACGGACUUAUGGCAUGCACGAUUGGGACACCCUUCAGCUUCAGUAGUGCGUAAAGUUUCCAGUUUUACUAAUAAUAUUCCUAGUUCUCAGUUAGAAAAUAAGGCUUGUGAUGCAUGUUUACGUGCUAAACAAACUAGAGCCGUG